UCGGAGGCGGAAGUGGUCGUGCGCGUUCCGGCUCCGCGAGAACGCGCGCGAACGGGAAGUGAAGACGGGGAAGAAAAGACGCUAAAACUUGGCAACUUGUGAUAAUUCCGCACAAUGUUUGAAAGGGACGCGUGACGUAUUUCUGCAUUAGUCCGCCCAAACGUUUGACGUGUCUUUAUUUAAUCCCCCCCAUGACUCCGGCGUACUGGCACUUUUCAAACAGACGUCGCCUUCCUUCAACAACCGCCACAAAGUCACGUUUUAGUGAAGCGCCGUGAAAGCUUCCUAAAUAUACUUUUUUUUUUUUAAUAUAUAUAUAUAUAUACCAGUCGAGGCUCGGUUUGUUGGUUGAAGCAAGCCGUCGCGGGAGACGGAGGAGCCGCCUUCGAGAGAGGCUACAUGUGGAAAGAGUGCCGCUAGCUUAAAAGAGCUAACAUGUCGGCCCAGGCUCAGAUGCGAGCCAUGCUGGACCAACUCAUGGGGACCGGGAGAGAUGGUGACUCCAUGAGACAGAGAAUCAAAUUCAGUGAUGAUCGGGUCUGCAAAAGUCACCUGCUGGACUCCUGCCCUCAUGACAUCCUGUCAGGCACUAGAAUGGACCUGGGAGAGUGUGUGAAAGUCCACGACCUGGCCCUCAGAGCAGACUUUGAGAUUGCCUCCAAGGAGCAGGAAUACUUCUUUGAGCUUGACGCUACUGAACACCUUCAGUCUUUUAUUGCUGAUUGUGACCGCAGGACAGAGCUGGCCAAGAAGAGAUUAGCAGAGACGCAGGAGGAGAUAAGCGCAGAAGUGACGGCAAAGGCUGAACGUGUCCAUGAGCUGAACGAGGAGAUCGGGAAGCUGCUUGCCAGUGCCGAGCAGCUCGGAGGAGAGGGUAACGUAGACGAGGCCCAGCAGUUGCUGGAAAAAGUGGAGAAGACACGUACCAUGAAGAAGGAAGCAGAGGACAUUUACAGGAACUCAAUGCCAGCCUCCAGUUUUCAGCAGCAAAAGCUACGCGUGUGUGAGGUUUGCUCUGCCUACUUGGGUCUCCAUGACAACGAUCGGCGUCUGGCUGACCACUUCGGGGGCAAACUUCACCUCGGCUUCAUCGAGAUUCGCGAAAAACUUGAGAAGCUUCGAAAAGCAGUCGACGAGAAACAAGAAAGACUGCGUACGAAACGCAGGGAGGAACGUGAACGAGAGGGGGAGCGGGAGCGGCAGUGGGAGAUGGAGCGAGAACGGGACAGAGAGAGGGAGCGCGAGAGAGAGCGAGAGUGGGAACGAGAGAGGGAGCGCAAAAGGUCAAGAUCCAGGAGCGCAGACAGAUUCAAGGAAGGAGGCGGUUCGUCCUCCCACCGUUCAAGACGCCACCGCUCCUCUCGGCCCAGAGAGGAAGGAGGGGACCGAGACCGAGAGAGGAGGCAUCGACACAAAGACAGACACCGCUCGCACUCCCACUCGCACAGGCACAGAAGAAAAAGGUCCUCCCGAGACCGGUCCUCGCACACCCGCGACCUGGAGCCCUCGCAGCCCCAGGAGCGAAGCCAGGAGGGCGCUGCCGAGGAAUGGCCCGACAGAAGGGCGGAGAACAGAGACUGGGAGGACCGGGAGAGGUCCACCUCCCCAGAGAUGGCCAAACAGGGGGACUGGGAGAGGUCCCUGUCCCUGGAGCGUGACCGACAUUCCAGCUCCGAGGAGCGGGAGUCGGGGGAAAUCUGAGGAGGACAGAAAGGAACAGCUCUCCAUUGUUUUGUCCUGGAGCGAUGGAGACGUGAGUGUAUGUUCACGUGCUUGUGUAUAUCAGCAGGGUGGAUGGGCUAAAAGUUAACUUUUAUAUGACAGAGUGGUGUGCAGACAUACUUUUUUUUAAUGCCUUUAGCAAUUCUUUUGACAGUGAGGUGUGGUCUGCAGCGUCAUGGUCCCAACACAAACGUUCUUUAGGAAUCUUGUGCUUCAGUAAAUAACCACUGCGGUAAGGUUUGAUCUGGGAUGCAGACUCUUCUAUUUGUAUUGUUUGUUGCCAUAACUCUUGCAUUUGGCCAAUCUGGCACAAACACCAUGACUUUGCCUGGAAUUCAAGACAACUGCCACAAGUAUAUGACAUGAACACGUUUACCUUGCCGCCAUCAACUUAUUCAAAUGGUUCCCGCUUCGAUUGAUAUGCAAUGUUAGACUUGUUUGCUGCCCCUUUUUAAUAAAACCAGUGUACCAA